AUAGUUUCUUUGGUCGGAUCAGUAGUGCUGUGAAAACAGCUUCGAAGCAUCGGAGCUCCGGUAUCAAUUGUAACAUCACUAGGCCUACUACUAUCUACCAUCUAUCCAGUCACUGCGUGACGCUCUCCCGUCAUAGAUACAUUGUUAUGAGGAGAAAAACAGGGAAAUAAUAAUCUGGAUUCUUUCCUAUCAAGAUGAUGUGGAGUCUGUGGAUCCUGCUGGGCACUCUCAGUGUGGAUGGCUAUGCGGUGCACGACCUGCACGAGCGUCUGUCCCACGGGCGUCAGCUGAAGAUCUACCUUCCAAAGAGCUCUUCGAAGCUGGAGUUCACCCCUGCUGCAGAGCCCAUGAAGACCUACCUGUACUGGGACCGUGGCGCCCGGACCACCAAGGGACGGGUGUCUGGGACAGGAACCGACAGGCGCUGGUAUCUGGACAAGGUGACGUAUGAGGACCAGGGGACCUACGUCCAGACAGACCACUGGAACAAGGAGAUCUCCUCGCUCAAAGUGGCUGUGAACACCAGGCGUGAGUACCCGAAAUGCGUGGCAGGUGAGGACCUCUAUAUCUCAUUGGAGGGCAUCGACCUAGCCGACGCCCAACUCUCCUUCUCGGGCGCCGACGCCAAUGUCAGCCUGGUACAUGAUGGGGCCGUGGUCGCCCAGGACCACCCGGACUACUGGAACCGGGUCAAGACCUACUCCACCAAGAUCACCAUCGAGAACGUCAACACCACGGACGUGGGUUACUACAUGCUGAGGGACAGGAGAGACAGGGUUGUCUCCAUCAUCAGGAUGGAACUCACAGACCACCAUGACUAUGAAGCAGCUAACCCCCUCAUGGCCCUCCUCCUCCUGCUGGGGAUCCCCGCCGGUAUCUGCUGCUGUUGCCAGAAGAAGAUCUUCAAGAAGAAAGCCCCCCACACCACAGCCAUCCUCCAGGGGACCCCCGAGACUCUGCACCCUCCUCCCGGCUACAAUAUCCCCGGAGGGGUGUCCCCUGGACCUGGUGGCCCGGUAUUUUAUCAUGGUCCAGGCCCAGAUCCUAACAUGGGAGGUUACCCCCAGCUCUACUCUCCCCCCAACCCUGGGAUGCCUGGCCAGCCUCAGUGGACCGGACCCCCAUUCCAACCAGGGUUCAACCCAGGCUACCCCCCACAGGACCCUAUGUACCCCCCCACCCAGCCCCUGCAGUGGAACGGCCCGCCGCCCAACCAGCCACAGCAUAACCCUGGUGCUCCUCCUAUGUGGAGUGGGCCGCCUAACCAGUAUCAGUAUCCGGUGGCUCCGAUGGGGUAUGCUCCGGUGAUGUACAGUGCCCCUCCUCCAGGUGAGCCAGUGAAGGAGGAGAUAAAGAUGGAGAACAUGUCUCCUGCUAAUCCCCUCCUCGCCCACCCCCCACAACCCCCCCAGGCGUCAUCGCCAUACGCCCCCAUGCCUGCACCUGCCUCUGACGUCCUGCACUCCUCCGACGGAGCCUACCAGUUUAACAUCGACACAGGAAAGAACACCACCACCAAUGCCACCAACUUCCUGUAGAACACCACCCAAUGGCCCAAUCAGGAGCGGCCCUUUCAACGUAAUGGGGGCUCCGUCCCAAUAUGGCUCAAUUGCUUCCUUUCUUCGUCUCCUUUCCUCGUCGCUUUCCCUGUGUGACCACUGAUAUUAAUGGAAGGUAUAAACCAUGGGGGCUGUUUGCGAUUCAAAUUAGGGAGAUGUUAAACAGGAGAAGUGCUAAUGAAUUUACCAACAAAAAUGCAGAGAUCCAUUCCUGUUUUUUUAUUUUUAUUACAUGGUCUGUGAAAAAACUGCUGACAUGACUAGGUCUCGAGCUGGGUUUUUAUUUAAUGUGGGUAUUUUUACCCCCUACCCAUUUCACAUAAACAAACAAAGGUAACAAAAUGUAAAACAUAAUGGUUUUUGUCUCUGUGUAAAUGGGGUAUUAGUGAAGGAAAGGAGAUAAGGAAAGUAGGUCAUUGGGACAUGCUCCUAUUUCCUGUAAAGGGACAGGAAGUGCCCAUUAGCUGUGAUACAGACCUGUCAAAAUGGCUGAAACAGACACUGGAAGCAUUGGAUUGGUGCAGGAAUGGCUGAAGGUAGUUUCCACCAUAUUCCCAGUCCAUUUAUUUUAAAUAUACUAAUGUGAUAAUGAUGAAGCACUCUUCCUCUCCUUCUGCACGGAGAAUGAUUUGCCUCAUGUCCUUGUCAUGUAAAAUUACACUCAUUCUAACACUGAAGUCCUAUUUAAUCUGCCAUUUGUGCUUAUUUAAGGUACGAGUCCACACUUCGGGAGAAGGGUAGAGAAUUGGAAUGUAGCCAGAGUCUAGGGGCGAGGGUUGGGAAGGCACUGGAAAGGGUAGGUUAUUUUACAUUUAUUGUUUUAAAUGUGUAGCCUUAGAUUUUUCUAACUUGUCUUUUUUUAAACUCAACAGUAAAGAUGGUAUCUAUCAAACACUCCAACUGCCAACCAUCUAGCAAAAAAACAAACAAACAUGAUCAUUAUCCAACCAGAGAAUUCAGAACCCACAUCACACCCAGUCAUCAUCCAAUCAGAUGGUACCAGGAAAACUCAUCAUCACCAUGAAUAGACUAAGCAAAGCUCUCUAUAAACAAAUAUAUACAUGUAAAUACGAUAAAAAAUGCCUUUACGUUCCAAAGUAUAGUUUGUCAUUAUAUGCAUGAUGGACCAUUUUAGUACUUUAUAUGAAACUACUGUCAUUUCAACAGGGUAUGCAGAGUAAAAUAACUGUUUUGGCAGCUGAUGAUUAAAAACAAUUGGGAGGCAGGUGCUAUUUUAUCAGGCCCAAAUAGCCCCUUAUUCCUUACAUAGUUCACUACUUUUUACCCGAUUAAAUGUCAUUCCUGUGCAUCUGUUCUCUUGUAUUGUUAUCACGUUAGGUUGAACACUGACAGUUUUGUAGCGUCAAUGAGGCUAACAGAGAUGUAUGAGUUCCUCAAGAGCCUAUGCAAAUCGCAAAGUUGUAAUAGUUACCACUUUAUUGCUGUAUAUAAUCAGCAAUGUUAAUAUUAUUAAUAUUAUAUUAGAACAUGUAAUAUGCAUAAAUAUUCAAGAAACAUUUUAAUUUGCAGUGUACAAACUUAACAUGAUGAACAGCAAUGACAAUUAUGCCAACGGGUGACCAAAAAUAACUAUCUUAAAGCCACACCUCCAAUAAGCCACGCCUCUAAUAUGAUAGGCUGCCACCUCUAAAAUAUAUUAUUAAAAAGGUUCAGAAUUGAGCCCCUCCCAUCACAAAAAGGUUUUAACCUUUACACAAGGGUUCCUCAAAGACCCUUUUCAGAGGGAUUCCUCAUGGAACCUUUUUCAACUGGAAAGGUUCCGCCGGUGUGGCAACCCAAAAGGUUAUUCCAGGCACCUUUAUUUCUGUAGGGAAUAGGGUGCCAUUAGGGAUGCAGACAUCUUGGUUUAAAAGAAGGCAAAUUAUGCUAUUUAUAUAUCAAGACAUAUUUAAUGUCUCGUUUAACAAUGAAGCACUCCUGAAGGUUAUACAGACAUUGUCUUCAUCCCCUCAUCGACCUUAGAUGCUGAUCUUGGGUCAGUUUUGCAUUUUGGGUCAGUUUUGCAGGUUAGGAUUGCGGGAUGGGAAGCUGAUCCUAGAUCUGUACCUAGGGGAGGGAACCUUCACCCUGGAGGCUCCUCAACUCAGGUCACGUGGUGAGAAAAAACUCUCCUAACUAAUUCUACAUUAUAUUCAGGGCCAGGAGCAUUUCCAGACCAUGUGACCUGACCAGGAAAAAUUCCUGGCCUAGUUAUUUGUUCUCAUCAUUACAUUGUAGCUAGUCAUCUUUUAACCAUUGCAACGUGACACUGCCAAGGAACCAGAGUUAGCAUUCUACCUCUCAUUCCUUCAUCUAUGCACAUAUAGGCUCUGUUCCAAUAUCCACACUAGCAUACCACUUAGAAUGAAGCUAUGACUGUGUCCAAAAUGGCACCCUAUUCUCUAUAAAGUGUACUACUUUUGACCAGGGCCCAAGUUUACUAAGGUUACUCAACUACCACUGCAUUUGUUUUGUCUGUUACCAAUACCCUCAUGAGCUGUAAACAAACUUGCUACUCCAGGGACAUAUUCAUUAGUACAGACUGUAGUGAAAUGUUUUUCAAUGGAAUUGUGUCAUGUUGUAAAGCGUUUGGAGUAAACAGUUUCCGUUGGAAAGUGUUUUGCUACAGUUUGCUACGGUGUGCUCUAAUGAAUACAACCCAGGCUCCCAAUGCUCUUUUUUUAUUUACAUUUUGUUACCUUGCUCUUUAGGGAUACCACUUGAGCUUUUGGAGUAACUUUUAAAACGAUUUUCAGAACGGCUUUUCUCACUUUGUAACUGUCUAGAUGAUUUCCAAAGCAAUAUCAUUAGACCUUGUGGAAUGUUCCGUUUGUUUUUAUUUAAUGAAUAUCUUUAGCAUUUAAAGUAGAAUAGUCUGUUGGACAUGCACAUAUCCACCGCAAUAAACAGAAUACAAAAACCCUA